AUGUUGAUUCGGACCCCAACCCUGACCUUGUCGACCGGUCCGGAGCUCGGGGAGCAUCUACGGGAACGUCGUCCUCAGGGCCUAGUCCGACCCCCAACCUCGAAUACACCUUCCGGUGGCUGUUUGAAGCGUUGUCCGUGUCGGCCGUCAGCAAUCAGGCCCUCCUGGACCGGACCGUGCGGAUCGAGGCGGCACCCCGAGUCGUCCUUGGCCAGACUCCUACCGAACGGACCGCACACUAUGCCGGCGGCCCUUCAGCGAGUAAAUGAGGAGGUCGAGAGCCUUGGAGAUGCACUGAAACAGGCCCGAGAGGAACGGGUGGCCGAAAUGGCGCUCCGGGAGAAGGUCGAACAGGAACGGGAUCAGGCCAACACCGAGCGCGACAACUGGAAGAGCGUGUCCGGGGACUCCGGACAGAACUCCCAAGCACUCGCCGAAAAGGAACGAGUUUCCGAUGAUCUGGGAUUCACCAAACAACGUCUGGCCGCUACUAUGUCCGAAAAACGCCGGGUGUGGAAGUUACAGACAGCUGUGAUCCAAGGGGAAGGCGAAGAGGUGGGGACACGACGGAACGCCAGGACUACGUCCUCCCUCGGGCCCGGGAGGGAAGGUGCAGCCCCGCUAGCCUCCUGA